AUGCUUGUAUCAAUUGAUAAAACGGUCCAUGUUUGGGAAAUUGAUCAAAGUGAACCUUCAUAUAAAAUAGAAUCUCCAAUCAAGAUCAUUUCAAGUGCUGUUUUUCACAAAGAUUGCAGAAAACUUUAUGUUUGUGGAAAUUCCGAUAUUCUUUUCGAAAUUGAUGUCUACACGCGUGCAAAAAAGGGAUGCAAACUUCCAGAAAGCGAUAUAAGGUGCAUAUCUAUCAAUAACGAAUCUAAUUUUAUUGCUCUUGGCACAUCAACAGGAAAUAUUCAUAUCAUUGAUGUCAAAGAAUUUAACAUAGUUAAAACACUAUCGAAAUAUAAGUUUGCAAUUACAUCUAUUGAUUUUUUGAAAGAUCAAAAAUCAGUAAUUGCAGGAGACUCCUCAGGCCAUUUAAUAACUGGAAGUGUAGAUGAAGAUGCUCGUGAUUAUGCAGAAUUCACUUCCCUUCGAGGUCCAGUUCUUUCUCUUUGUACUUUAGAAAAUGGCGACGUCGCAGCCUUUCAAUCAAAGUCGCUUUACAUUUACGACAUGUAUCAUCAAGAAAUACUCGAUGUACAGGAUUUUGGCCAGUCAGCAAUUAUAAAAAUAAAUCCAAUUGGCGGAAAUUUACUUGUAGGCACAAACAAUGGCAAACUCUUCGAAUACAACCAAAGUGAUAAGUCGCUUAUCAAAAUUACCAAGGUUUCACACGCUAUUUCUGCAAUUGCAGUAAAUCCUGAUGGAGUGAUCAUUGCCAUAGCAUAUUUAGGCGGUCUUUCACUUCUUAACCUUCAGGACCCUUCAGCAAAUAUCGAUGUACCUUGCAAUCACAAAGAAUUCAUUACUUGUCUUGUUUAUCAGCAUAAUUUCAUCGCAAUUCCGGAUGACGCCAUUUUCGAGACAGAUACAACCAACCCAUCGCAAAUAUGGAUUUCAAGGUCCAAACUUUCAGCUUCUCGACUUACAAAUUCGAUGAAAAUUUCCGGAAUGGAUUUAUUCCCAGAAGAAGAAGAUUUCUCGGUAGAUAAAUUCACAUUCCGUCGAAAGCUUGUCGAUAUUGCCAGUAAUAACUCAGAUAGAACAGCCGGAUCGAAAGUUUUGUCAAGAAGCGGAAUUUCACGUGAAAAAAUCACAAGAAGAAGCUUAAACACUGAAUCAAACGAGAUACAAGUCAGCGGACAACUUUCUUUCUCCAAUACUGGCUCUCCUGUCUUUAAACACAGAAAGAUUUCGAGGCAAAGUAAAAUUGAAUCUCCAUCAAUUUCUGAUUUUCCUUUGAGACAAAAUGACUCCGAAACAACAUCUCCAAAAGAGAAAUCACCAAAGGAAAACAGCAUUUCCCCAAUUGUUUCUACUUCUACACCAAUAAAGACUCCAUCAAAAGUUAGAUUUGGAAAUAAUGUAACACCAACAAAACCUGAAGAAGAAAAGCAUGUUAACUUCAACCAAAUCAACAAUGAUGAUGAAGAAAUACAUGCAAGUGACUUCUCAAGUAUUUCCAGUCCAAUAAAUGACACUUCUAGCAAACUAGAACAAGUGAAUGAUGGAUUGAUGAAAACUUAUGAUGAAGUUCACGAAAAAGUUCAAGAAGCAGAAGAAAAACUUGCUGAAGACAAUCAAUAA